AUGGCUCCAAGGAGGCUCUCUCAAAUACUAGGAUUCUCCGAUGAUGUUGCUACGGCAGCUACUGUUGACAAACUGCUUGGGUUCGAAACGCAUAAGACACGUACUGAAAAAUUCGAAUUAAAAACCAUACGUGAAAAACGAAUAUUUACCAAGCAAAUGGAAAUAUACAACAAUUCAAUUGCCGAUUUAUCAUAUAAAUACACGAAAAACAAUUCAUUUAAAGACAUUCAAAAUGAUGUAAAAAUUGUAGCUACCAGAAACAUCGAAAAUGGACAAUUCAUUAACACCCUCUGCGGACAAACCGCAAUUAUUAAACCUGAAGACAUAAAAGAAGGUGUUAAUGAUUUUUCCAUAAUGCAUAGUUCUAAAAAUGGAAAAGACUUGUUGUUCUUAGGACCAGCAGCAUAUAUUAAUCAUGCUUGCUCCCCAAAUACCAAAUGGGAGUCUAAAGGAAAAUCAAUCUGGUACGCAAAAACUGUAAAAGCAAUUAAUGCUGGAGAAGAAAUUACGGCGGACUACGGCAAGCAUUUUUUUGGUAUUAACAAUGUAGAUUGUGAAUCUGCAAAGGAAACUGAUAAACAUGAAAUGGAGUUACACAAAGAUAGCGAUUCAACUUCUGAUGAAUCUCAUGGUGUAACAGAUACAGCUGCAAAGGAAACUGAUACACAUGAAAUGGAGUUACACAAAGAUAGCGAUUCAACUUCUGAUGAAUCUCAUGGUGUAACAGAUACASUUGUAAAGGAAACUGAUACAGUCGUCAAGAAGUUCAUCAAUUGCUGUAUGUGCAAUAAUAAAUUUAAUAUAAGUGAUUUAGAACAACAUGUAAAAAAUACACACUUAACAGAUACAGGUGAAAGUAUUACUGAAAAUAUAGAUGUUCCAAAAACCAAGGCUCCUAUAUUAGUAGAAGAAAAAAAAUGUACUGAAUGGUGGUGUCCAAGACACAGCAAUUUUAAAGAUAUUUUAGAUAAAAUAAUAAUUAAAGAUCAGUCCACAGAAGAUAAAUAUAUCAUCCGUAAAGCCAAAGCCAGAUUUGUUUACUGGCAAGGUGAAAAAAAUAAAAACAUGCCAAGAUGUCCAGUACAAGACUGUUUGAAAAGGGAAAUUGGUAUUUUUUUGGCACCUACAUGUUGGCCUACCAAUAAUUAA